AUGACUACAGGGAAGGUAUUAGAACCAUCCUUGGUUAAGGAUUUAUCUAACCAUAUAUAUGAAAAGAGAAAGGCUACAGCAUUUCAAAUUGAGUCAUUGACAAAAAAUGCUUUGGGACACAAUGACAGUCAAACGAUCUAUAAAAUAAUCAACGAACUCACAGAGUUAACAAGCACAGGCACAAACCUGGCCAAGAUGGGAGCAAUCACUGCUCUUGGAAGUGUGUCUGUUGCACUUGGGUCUUUUGCUAUUGCGUACUUUUUGGAGGAUAUCGUCAAACCCAUCUUUUCAACAUUUAAGGACACCGACGCACGCGUCAGAUAUUAUGCUUGUGAAUCAUUAUACAAUGUUGCCAAGAUAGCCAGGGGAGAGAUAUUGAUUUAUUUCAACGACAUUUUUGAUAUUUUGUGUAUCUUGGUCAGCGAUUCAGAAAGCAGUGUCAAGAAUGCAGCUGACAUUCUAGAUAGGUUGGUUAAAGAUAUCGUGAGUGCCAAGGCAACCAACUAUGUUAGCAUAUUGCAACAGCAACAGGAGUCUCAAAUACGAAGCAAUUUGGUCGAUGCUCAAGGUAACGCCAUCCAGGUGAACGAGCCACAAGACCCCAGCAAGGCGUUCUCGUUGCCAAAAUUUGUCCCCACUUUACUAGAAAGAAUGUAUACAACCGACCCGUUCACCAAAAAAUUUUUACUAAGCUGGUUGGAGUUGUUUGACGACAUCCCAUCAUUGGAGCUAGUUAGGUUCUUACCGGAGUUUUUGAAACCGUUAAUUCAGUUUUUGUUCAACAACUCGCCCACGGAUAUUCGCUCAGAAACAGAGAACCUAUUGAACGUGUUUCUAGAAGAAAUCAAGUAUAUAACCAAGAUAAAGAUUGAUGCAAGAAAGAAGGAGUUGGCCAAUAAGAAAACAAAGCAGGCAGAGUUAGAUGCGAAUGUGAAAAAGGACAAACAAGAACAUGGCUCACCAAACUUGAAAUUGCAUGAUACGGAAUCCGCCAUUGAUGAAGACAGUGGAGCCGACGAUGAAGCAUCAAUAAAGUCUGAUGACACCACAAUUGUAAGACGGCCACUAGCCAGCGGACUCACCACCAAGCCAACAGAGGGUCACAAUAAAAUUGAAGUAUCUGGUAGUGAUGCUAAGGAGGAGCAUGAGGAAAAUGAAGAAGUAACACUUGGACAAGAUAUUUUCAUUGAUUACGAGAAAAUAAUUUUGAUUUUGUUGUCGUUUCUCAAAUCCCCCGAAUCAGAAAGUAGCUUCAAAGAUUUGGGUAGCGAACCGCAUGAGAUCUAUUGCCAGGUACAAUUUAUUGCUAUCAAAUGGUUACGUGAUAUAUUGGAAAUGGCUCCAUCAAGCAUCUUAAAGCAGUUUCCGGAAUGUGUUGGUGUUACUUUGAAAAACAUCUCGAAAACUGAUAAGGCUCAGGAUUUUGAGUUGAGGGACUCUUUUCUUGAUUUUAAUAUGGCUAUGCAACUGUUUUUGUACAAGUUCAAUGAUGCUAGUUUAGACGAGUUCAACGAAACUCUUGGUUUAGACAAGGAAACCAAUACGGAGUUCAACGAAGUCAAGCUACCACUUACUUUAUCGGCGAUAGUUAAAGAGUAUUUGGACUCUGUUAGCGAACUAGCUAGAACCACAAGUUUGGAUUGGAUGAUAUUCAUAUACGAGAGAAACCCCACGGAGUUUAUGUCACUUUUCCAAGCGGAAGCAAACAACUUUGAGUUGACUGACCUAUUGAAAUAUGACACUAGUAAUGAAGUGAUACUCAAGGUCUUGACUUUGAUGGCAAAAAUAUCUGAGGCAAACCAGCAAUUUUUCAAGAAUUUCAUUGUCAAAUUGGUCAAAAUCUUUGAGUUGGACGGCACAGAAAAGACUUUCAAAGUUGAGUUUAUUAUUCGUAAGUUGUGUGUUUCGCUAAACUCGGAAUUGAUAUUCACUGCUUUGUCAGAAGUGUUGAUUACUUUGAGUGACUUGGAUUUCUUGAACACCAUGAUUGUUACCUUGAACAACAUAUUGCUAACUUCGCAGGAGUUGUUACCGUUCCGUAAGAAAUUAAAAGGCUUGGAUUCCAACAAGGUAGAAGAUUGGCAAUUAUUUUCGUCGUUAUUUCAAAGCUGGUGCCACAAUGCACCUAGUGCAAUCUCCUUAUGUUUAUUAACUUCAAAUUACGAGCUAUCAUACUUAAUAAUCAAGAACUUGUCUGAAUUAGAAGUGACAUCGCAAUUAUUGAUUCAGUUAGAUGUUUUGGUCCAAUUAUUGGAACUGCCAAUAUUUAUGAAAUUGAGAUUGAACUUAUUGGAGCCAGAAAAGCAUCCGUAUCUCUUUAAAACGUUGUACGGAUUGUUGAUGAUUUUGCCCCAAAGCAAUACGUUCAUGUCGUUAAGAAAUAGGUUGACUACAGUAAGUAACUACAAUAGUAAUUCUGGUCCCCAAUUUCACUUGUCGACUCCAUUAACAACACCAACGCCUGCGCCAGGAACUACAACAGCUCCUAUUCCAAGCGGGAGCUCUACCACCAGCCAAUCUAUUAGAAGGAAAAGAAUUUAUGAGAUGCUAGAUAAGUUUAUUAAAAUCCAAGACUCCCAUGAGAAGUACAAUAACAGUAAUAAGAGAAUGAACAACCCAGUUGGUUAUAACCUUGAGUCGGCUUCCGUGUUCCCAGUUAAUCUGCUUAAAUAG